AUAAAUGCAUACUUUGAAGAGGGAAUAUAUCCAGCUAAUAUGAUAGGGGUGUGGAGGGCAAUGAAAGCAAUAAGGAAACAUUAUGUAUUGGAUCGGUAUUAAAUAUCAUUCAUGCAGGAAUCGUUUGAAUGCAAUUUAGGUAAAACCCAAUUCGGUUUCGCAGAAUUCAGGAACUGGGUUUGAUUGGGAGUUGUUUAGAAAGAACAGCACUCCAGUGUUUGUGGGAAAAAUGGACAGUUUUCUUGCAUCGUCUGCUACAGACAAGAGAAACUCUUUCUUUGUCAUCAAUCCGACUUCUGCUCCGUCAUUAAAAAUUGUGAGUUUGGCAGAUCAAAACCCAUAUGGUACUCCCGAUGCGAAUUACAAUGACAUCAGCUUCAAUCCCUCACUAGCGAUCCUCAUCGUGGCGCUGUUCAGCUUCAUUUUCAUGAUUAUGAUUUUCUCAAUCUGCAUCUGCCGCCGCGUCAUGACUGUAGAGGAAGGCAGUAGGGCUUUCCGACGACCGGGUGUCAAUAAUAAUACGAGGGGCCUGGAGCAGACGGUCAUCGAGAGCUUUUCGGUAUUCAGCUACAGUCUGGUGAAGGGGCUAAAAUCUCAGGCCAAGGGGUCGGAGUGCACUGUCUGCCUCAGCGACUUCGGGGACGACGAAAUGGUGCGCUUGCUUCCCAAGUGCAGCCACGCUUUCCACCCGGAGUGCAUCGACAUGUGGCUCUGCUCACACACAACGUGCCCUAUCUGUCGGGUCAGCCUUGUGCCGGGAGACGACUCCACUCCCACAGCCACCGUCGAGCCACAGACGACACCCGAGCAUAUCACUAUCGUUGUCGACAACGGAAAUAACGAAGCUCCGGAGACGACCAACGAUUCGACGGGGCACUCAUUGGUAAUGGUGAGGAAGGAGAUGGAGCAGCCAACGGAGUGGUACAUCGCUACGCCUCGUGGGCUCACUCCCGGAUUGCACAGGAGCUGCAGCUUUGUAGCUGGCCAUCCUUCGCAGGCAGCGUCCACUUCUAAUGCGCCGCCAGCGUGCCCCAGGCCGGGCAGUUCUGUGGACGAUGUGGAACGCAGGUCGAAAUCGGAAAGAUGGGGGAACGGUUCAAAGAAUCCGAGCUCGUUUUUAAGAAGUUUUUCUGAGCGCGUUGCGCUUCCUCCUGGAGAACGACGGGGGAUGGAGCAACCAAGUCACAAGGCUUAUCUGAGGAGGACGUUCAGUUGGCUGAUGGGAAGAGAGAGGGAGAGGAACAGACCGGAGGGCUCAGAGAACAUAUCAGUGUCCUCCAGACAUUAUCAAAUUGCGGUAUAAGUGGUGUAUUGUAACAAUCGUAAAAGAAAGUAAAGGGGCGUUUGCCCCUUUCAAAACGUUCCACAAGAUUGUUAAUGGCCCCUCUGAAAUCUCCAAAAGAGAAGACCUUGGAGUGGCUUUGGCAUUCUAAUGCUCUUUUUUAAACUGAGAGGAAUCGUUCUUUGACAGGACAAACCCCUGUAACCUCUGGAAAGAUGUGCAAUAGAGGCCUAAACCAAAAAAUUUCUA